AUGACACAGCAAGAUUACGAGAUCUUCAAGCUUGGAGACUGGGAGCUCCAGAGCGGAGAGAAACUCAACGAUGCCCAUAUUGCGUACAAGACAUUUGGAGACCCCAAAUCUCCUGCUAUCGUCUAUCCAACCUGGUUUUCUGGCUUGAUAUCGGACAACCUAUGGUUGAUAGGCGAAGACAAGACACUGAAUCCCAACAAGUACUUUAUCAUCAUCCCUGCCCUCUUUGGAAACGGCCAGUCAUCCUCUCCGUCAACCCAGUCCACACCUGGACCAUUUCCCAAAUGUUCCUUUUAUGACAAUGUCCGGGCUCAGUAUACGCUUGUUACGCAGCAUUUGGGGAUCAGCCACUUGCGUGCCGUACUUGGGUGGUCAAUGGGCGCUGUCCAAAGUUAUCAAUGGGCGACUCAAUAUCCGGACUUUAUGGAUUUGAUAGUCCCUUUUUGUGGAUCAGCGAGGACCGCCUUGCAUAAUCAGGUCUUCCUGGAGGGUGUUAAGAGUGCACUGCUUGCUGCGAAGAGCAUUCCCUCCGCUGGCUCGGGAGAGGACGGCAUUCUCACCGAUGGGGAUGGUUUUCGAAUUUGGAAUACUAAAGAGAAAGAGGUCGGUCUCAAAGCAUUUGGGAGAGGUUAUGCUGGAUGGGGUUUCAGUCAGACAUUCUAUCGCGAGAAAGUAUAUGAAACGGCACUGGGCUUCAAGGGGCUGGAGGACUUUAUGCAGAAUUUCUGGGAGAAAUGGGCACUUUCUAAAGGCAAGUAUACAAUAACGAACGUUCCUAAUCCGGAGAACCUACUCGUAAUGCUGCAAACUUGGCAGAAUGGAGACGUAUCGAAGCAAGCGCCUUACGAUGGAAAUUUCGAAAAGGCUAUGGAAUCCAUCAAAGCCAAGGCACUCGUAUUGCCUGGAAAGACAGAUCUAUACUUCCCUCCAGAGGAUUCAGAGUAUGAGGUCGCAUGCAUGAAGCCAGGAAUCGGGGAAUUUGAGCCAAUUCCCUCCAUAUGGGGCCAUUGGGCUGGGGGUCCUGGGAAUAGUAAAGAUGAUGUCGAAUGGCUGGAUAAACGCCUUUCAGAUUUCUUCGCUGGGGUUGAUUCAAUGAACGUGGCUGGGCUCAAGAUAACUGACCAGGGGAAUUGA